CAUUUCUUUCACAUCAUUUUCCCCUGCUGCCUAUAAUCCCAGAAAGAAAGAAUCGGAGAUCUUCAACAAUGGCUCCAAAGGCACCAAGAACCAGCCGAAAUCCCGACCUAAUUCCAGGUGUGGGUAAAUUCUCUCGAUCCAAAAUGUACCACAAAAAGGGUCUCUGGGCUAUCAAGGCCAAAAACGGCGGCGCCUUCCCUCAACACCAGAAGACCGCCGUCGCCACCAUUCCAGCCGUCAAACCACCAAAGUUCUAUCCUGCCGACGAUGUCAAGAAACCCAUCGUCAAUAAGCGCAAACAUAACCCUACCAAGCUCAGAAGUAGUAUUACUCCGGGUACAGUUCUGAUCAUAUUGGCUGGGAGGUUCAAAGGAAAGAGGGUUGUUUUCUUGAAGCAACUUCCAUCUGGCUUACUUCUUGUUAAUGGUCCAUUCAAGAUUAAUGGUGUUCCACUUAGACGUGUGAAUCAGUCAUAUGUAAUUGCUACUUCAACUAAGAUUGAUGUUGCUGGAAUUGAAGUUGAUAAAUUUGAUGAUAAGUAUUUCACUAAGAAAGUGGAGAAGAAGAAGAAGAAAGAUGAAGGUGAGUUCUUUGAAGGUGAGAAAGAUGAUAAAAAGAAUGGUGGUGAGUUUCCACAAGAGAAGAAAGAUGAUCAGAAAGUGGUGGAUGCUUUCUUGACUAAAGCCAUUGAUGCUGUUCCUGAAUUGAAAGCUUAUCUUUCUGCUAGGUUUUCACUUAAGGCUGGCAUGAAACCACAUGAGCUCUUGUUUUGAUUUUAGGGUUUUGAUGAUUUAUUUUCUUCAUUAUGAAUCUUUUACUUAUGCAUUUCUGAAUUUCUUUUGUUUUGGAACACUACACAGUUAUGCAACAAACAUCAUAAGUUAUUUUCUUAA